CACUCAAAAGAGCUGCUCAGCAGGUUUAUUUCCUUCAACUCUGACCUCCCGCUAGAGCUUGGCCGUUUCGGCAGGAAUAACAAUAAAGUACAAGAACUGUAGAUGAUGUCAAGGCUUUGUUUGGCUCAAGAACAACUGCUACUCUUCCUAUUUGGCAGUAUACGCGAGCAUUAGCCUGUAUUUAUCCUGUCUUGGCACCACCGGGAUGUGUUUUGCUACUUUGCUAACUAGUUAGCCUGCAACGCGCUGUCAUCGCUGAUAAUGCUAACUUCAACCUGUCGUAGGCAAGUCGGAAGAUUUACAUCCGCAUUUCCAUCAUUGCGUAAAUCUCAUGACCACCAACGUUUACGCUGUCCGUAAACUAUGCCUCUGCCUUUUUAGCGAUGUACGCGGUGCCAAUUAGAUUUUGCAGCUCUCAAGAACGUAAUAUUUGACUGCUUGCUAACCUGAUCUAGCCAGCUUUCUCACCCGUGAAGUAGAGUGGGGUAUUUUGGUUAAUUGGAAAUCAUCCUGUACCCUGAAUAAGGUGAUAUUUCUCAAGACGCGAUAGAUUUUCGAGGAACUAUGGCUAAUGUCACGGAUCUGCAGACGAAAUACAGCAGAUUGGCACAGGAGUACUCCAAGCUGCGUGCCCAGAACCAAGUGCUGAAGAAGGCAGUUGUUGAUGAGCAGGCUAAUUCGGCUUCCUUUAAGGAGCAGUUGAAGCAGAGGGAUCAAAGUCUGAGGAAGCAGGACCAGGAGAUGGACAGCCUCAGCUUUCGGAACCAGCAGCUGGCUAAGAGGGUGGAGUUGCUGCAAGAGGAGUUAGCUGCCAGUGAAGCUAAGGGCAAGAAGUGGAAGAAUAAAGGAGAUUCUCCCUCACACCAUACUGUGCGAACACAAAGUGUGUUUGAUGAGGACCUGCAGAAAAAAAUUGAAGAAAACGAGCGGCUUCAUAUCCAGUUUUACGAGGCAGACGAGCAGCACAAGCGGCAGGAGGCCGAGAUGAGGGCGCGUCUUGAGGAGUUGGAGAGAGAGACACAGCAUCACCAGAGUAUCGUGGAGGGACUCACUACCAACUACACAGAAACCAUUCAGAGACUGCAGAGUGACAAGGCGCGAUUGGAGGUCAAAAUACAGACUCUGGAGAGGGAAGGAAAAGACUGCCGAUUGAGAACGGAGGAGUGCCAGCAGCAGUUAAGACGAUGCCAGUCAGAACUCAACACACAACUGAAACAAAGCAGCAGCGUGAUUCAGGAGAAAGUGCCCUUUAAUGACACCAAAUUUAGUGACUACAACAGUCUAAAUGUGCCAGCACACAAUCGAAGACAUCAGCUUAAAGCCCGGGAUGUGGCAGGUCAAGCCUUGAGCUUCAUUCAGGACCUGGUGGCUGGUCUGCUAAACUUCCAUUCGUACACUGAGCAGAGAGUCCAUAUCUAUCCACUGGACUCUUCAAUUGAGUCAAUUUCUCCUUUGAAUCAGAAGUUCUCUCAGUAUCUGCACGAGAAUGCGGUGUACGUGCGCCCCCUGGAGGAAAGUUUCCUGCAGUUACACCAAAGCAUCACAGAGGACACUGUUACAGUGCUGGAAACUGUUGACAAGCUGAAGAACUUCAGUGACAAUUUCUCUAUGUAUACCCGUUUUCUACAAAAGCUUCUCCCCUAUCAACUAAAAAGCCUAGAGGAGGAGUGCCAGACACCACUAUGCACUGCUGCUCUUUCAAUGAAGAACCGGGAGCUGCAAACUGAUGUGAAGAGUGUCACUUCAUUGUUUGACAAACUACAGAAUUACAUCAACCUAUUGACUUUACCCAGUGUUCGUCAGGAUGGAAUGCCACAAAGUAGCACCUCUGCAGUCUUCACCCAGCUAGGGGCCUGUUUGCAUAGUCUUCAUGAUGUUAUUAAACAAAUGUCAAAGCACUACAACCAGAAGGCCAGCUUAGAGCAGGAGAUCCCCACAGCCACACAGAAACUCUUCACCACCACUGAGUGCCUGCUGGGAUCCCUUGGCUCGCUUACCAACAGCACGGGGAAGCUUUCCACAUUUUUCAGCAACAACUUGGAUUUCUUCACAUCAUCGAGCUACAGUCCCAGAGGAAGUACAGCAGCACUCAAUCCUUUACAUGCUGAAAGUAUGCUUUCCAACAAAAAGAAAGCAGCUGCUUACAUUCAUGCACUUCAAAAGCCCAGGCCACAAUCUGUUCCAUACAGGGAAGCGUUGUCUAAUCGCCGGAUACUCACUAGCUCCACUGAGAGUAGAGAAGGUCUCACUCAACAGGUACAGCAGAGUCAGGAAAAGAUUGCACGUCUUGAGCAGGAAAAAGAACACUGGCUCCUGGAAGCUCAGCUGGGGAAGGUGCGUCUGGAAAAGGAGAACCAGCGUAUUUCGGACCUGGAAGCUCAGCUCGCCAUGGCUCAAGGGGCAGGUCAGAAAUCACGGACAACUGCAGUCAGCACGCUGACACAGAACCACGAGGAAGUGGAGACUGCUCUGAAAACUGCUGCGAAGGAAACUAUGUGCACCAGCUUGGUUGGCAUGUUGUGUACCGUACCCACAGCUGAGCAUGAUGUUGCGUCUGUUUUGCAGUUGGGAGACGAGGAGUCCAGGGAGCAGCUGAUAAAGACUCACUACAUGACCAGAGUGGGGGAGCUCACCACUCAACUCCAGGUGUCAGACAGCAAAGCGGUGCACUUCCACUCUGAGUGUCGUGCUUUGGCUAAAAGACUGGCCAUUGCAGAGCAAUCACGGGACACUGUUGUUGAGGAGAUGAAAAGGGCCAAUCAGAAUAUCACACACCUGCAGGAUGAACUGAGCACGACCAAGAGGAGCUACGAAGACCAGCUGAGCAUGAUGAGUGACCAUUUGUGUAGUAUGAACGAGACGCUGAGCAAACAGAGAGAGGAGAUCGACACACUCAAAUUGGGAAGCAAGGCAAACGCCAAAAAGAACAAAGGCCGUUAGCAGUGGGUCUCGCAUUGGCUCCAUUUACAUCACAAGAGCACCCUGAAGACACUGUGGAGCCCCCAAAAUCCCACAGCAUCCUGGUACCAAGACCAUCAUGUCCCCAAAACCAGUUCACAAACAAAGCUUCAAAAUCCUCCAUAGUUUACAUUUUGGCAAUACAAACACUCAAGACUGAC